AAACGAGGUAGGGAUUACACCAGAUAACCGGAAUUCUCCAAGGUAGAGCCAUGAUACGGUAUAAGCCCACCCGAAUAACCCUCGGAGACGGAGACCUACGUUAUCAUCUUCAGCGGCUUCUGAACCGCCAUAGUCGGCUGGCGGAAUGGCACCAGCACGAUCAAUUUCUGAAUGACAGCAGCUUUGAUGAUGGGGAUGAUGAUGCCUUUUUGGAGUCCGACUCUGACCUCUUCUCUGCGCCGUCCGUCUCGCCGCCAGAUUCCAUUUGUUAUUCGGCUCCAGACGAGGAUCCCGGAGAGGGCUCGUCGUCGCGUGGCAGAGGAGGAGACCAUGACACCAGGUCUGCGUGUUCACCAGAGGCAUCCACUUCCCCUUCGUCGUCGACAAUAGACGCAGGCUCGCCGGUCAAUGUGCAGCCAUCUGCUUUGUCAUUAGAGGCGACAAGGUCCGCUGAGAAAAAUGUAGAUGUGCAUAGUGAAUGUCGGGUUUCAAUUGAUGGUUAUGACAAGCCCUUAGGGGGUCGAAAUGGAGAGGAAUUCGAGCAUUCGCCAGGCUAUUAUGACCUUUCAGAGACUUCUUUGUCUGAUUGUUUAACACAGCUUGGGGCUGUGUUAAACAGUGUCAGGGGUGAUGUCACAGGUGAAACACGUUCUCCCAGGCCUUGCUCUCAGACUCCUGUCUCAUUGAAUUCUUGUUCUCUUCACCAUCGAUCGGACUUAUUUUCUCCUGUUUCUCUUCCAGCACCGCUAGAUUCUCGUGCUGUGCUUUUCACCAAUCUUCUCACCAAUCUAUUGCUCGAGAAACAGCCAACGCAGCAGUCAGGUAUGUAUAAGCGGACAGCUAUUUGUGGCUCGUUCAGAGAAUGAGGCUGAUGUGCCGCUGAGAUGUAGUGGACUUGAAUCGGACCCAUACGAACCUGGGCGCAGCAGACGAAGAACGUGGCACAAGAUCUGAUAAUAAGAUUCACC